AUGAUCGCACGCAAGCGGCGCAGAACAAAGGAGGGCGACGAUACCGAAGAAAUUGGUCAAGAUUAUGUCGAUGCUGUUACCGCUGCAGGCACAGCCGCUGCCGUCAAGAAAGAACAAGAUAGUGGUCUACCAGAGCCCAUCCAACUCGUCAGCACUCGGUUCAAAGCAAAGAAUCGUCCCUUUUCACCAGACGACUCGACGGACGGCUACACCUUCAUUGAAGAAGACUUGAGAAAGGUGGUCGUUUUCAACGAUCCCGGCAACUCCAUCAUCGUCACACUGCUCAAACGGUGUCAUCGUCGGUACAAAUUCGACAAGCCCCUCACGGACGACUCCUACUAUGUCGGAAUCGAUGCAAAUAACUUCACGCCGGUAUUCGCUCGCAGCCUCAGCAUGAGCGCGCUCAAGAACAAUACCUACGACCUAGUUGCGCGUACCGGCGCAAGCUCAGCAGUUGCAUCCGUCGUCGUUCCGCCCGUCGACAUGCUUCUCCCUUGUCAGCUAAUCUUUCUAAAGCACUUGUCCAAGGGAGAAGACUAUGGGGAGAAGUUCCGAGACGUGUCAGAGGAUGAGAGGGCGGAAUACAAGACCCAGCAGCAGGAUGCCUUCGUCAAGGGCCACGCAUGUCCUGUGCUUGUGGCCUCUGGAGAGCGCGAUCUCAAGAGCGAGGCCGCCGAGUACCGGUCUCUGCACGGCAGGGCCACGGACUGCGAGGAGGACCGGUUCACGAGGAUGGUCUUGUUCGGCGCUCUGCUGCUCACGGCGUCCCAGUCGAUGCUGGAGCCCCUGAGUCUGGUGUACGAUGAGAUCUUUGCCGGGGCGUACGAUACGGAGCUACAGUCUGGUAACAUCAGGACGUACUACGCGAACCACGAGGGAAUGGACCCGAACGCUCUCAUGCGAUAUGUCUUUAUGAACCCCAUUGAUGCCGGGCCCGGGUUGAGGCGGGCGGCGAGGACGGAGACCACGUUCUGUCAGCUCCUUACGGUGACCAAGCGCGAGGAGAGGGAUCUGUCAAGGAAUUCCAAGAACCUCUCGACGCUUGCGUCCCGCCACAUAACCUGGCUCCAAAACAUCGGUGCCGGCCGGCCAGAUAUGUCCGCGAUCCUCGAGGGCAUCCUAAACAACGAGCUCAGCCUGCACUACGCGCGCUGGCAGCACGUCAACGCCCAGGGCGGUCCGAUGCUCGAGCUGGCCUACUGGAUCGGCGACACGCCCGGCGUCCCGACGGGCUCCGAGCUGAACCGGUUCCGUGAUAACUCGGAGGGCAACGAGGAGCGCUUCGUCGUGUUCCACUUCCACGUCAACGAGAGGACCAACUGGAUCGCGCACGUCGACGGGCGCACGCGCGUCGGGAUCCAGUCGGUGCAGGUGUUCCACGGGUACGACACGGACGCGCAGCCCGGGCAGGCGUGGCGCGUGGAGAACACGGCGUCGACGCGGGACGGGUUUGGGUGUCCCGAAGAGGAGCUCUGGUACGUCGGAGCCGAGACGGACCUGCCGAGCGACCAGUUGCCGGCCGAUCAGACUUUCUUCGAGAGGUUCCAGCGUUGGAGCAGGAUGUUGUUUGAUGAUGGGUAUCUCGCCACGCGGGGGUUGAACUUGAUCCUGACGGGUGGUGCCACGGUCAACAACGGGGGGAAUCAAGAUCUUGAUCCUAACAACGCGGGAAUGCUACUGCGUGGUGGAAUGGCUCACCCGGCAUGGGGUGUCAUCACGCAAACCGUCAACUUCUUGAUUGACGGAACUCAAUACGACUUCACCCCUCGAGACCCCUUUGCGUGA